GUUACAGUACACACACACACACACACACACACAGUAUAUAAACCGGUCAGUCUUCUGAUCUCAGUCUAAUCUUGGUCUAAUCUCAGUCUAAUCUCAGUCUAAUCUCAGCAUGGAAGAGAUCUACGUCAGACAUGUGGAACUUCUUGGCUUCGAGAAACGCGACUUCCCGACGAAGCAUUAUGUUUACAUGAUGAUGGUGAAAUGGAGCGACCUCUCAGAGAAACUCAUCUACAGGACGUAUCCUGAGAUCCACACGCUACAUAAAUCAGUGAAGGAGAUGUUUCCCAUCGAGUCUGGACGCAUCGAGAAGAGAGACAGAAUCGUUCCUUCGUUACCAGCACCGCGGUGGCUCGACUCACAAAAGUCCACAGAAACUCGUCAGAGCACUUUGGUGGAUUAUUUUCACUCAGUCAUUCAUCUGCCACCGCACAUUUCACGCUGCACACAACUGAGCGACUUCUUCAGAGUUCAACCAGAGGAUGAGAAACCACCUGCUGCCAACACACUGAAAAGCAGUGAAAUCUUCGUUGUUUCCACAGAAUCAGCGUCUGAUGUUUUGAGUCUCUCAGAGAUUUCUGGCCCAAUCAUCCUUGACACAUAUCGAGUCAUCGCAGACUUUGCAAAGACGUCCAAACAUGAGAUUGAACUCAGAGUCGGAGACCUGGUGGAAAUCGUGGAGAAAAAUCAGAACGGGUGGUGGUUCUGUCAGUGCGACGCUAAACGAGGUUGGGUUCCUGCUUCGUACCUGGAGCCUCUGGAUCAACCGGAGGAGACGGAGGAUGCAGAACCAAACUAUGAAGGAGAACUCUUCAUCACGGUGGACGGUUACAGAGCCGAGCAGGACGAUGAGAUUUCUCUGGACGCCGGUCAAAGAGUCCAGGUCAUUCAUAAACUGCUGGACGGCUGGUGGGUCGUCAGAAAAGGAGACGAGACAGGAUAUUUUCCCUCCAUGUUUCUACAGAAGGACGGACACAGAGACAAACUCAGGACAGGACGGACAAACCCACACGGACAGAAGCUGCCACCUCGAAGAUCCACCAUCAGAAACGUGAAAAGCGUCCACAGCAGGACUCGCCGGCGCCUCAGUCAGGAUUCUUACCGCAGGAACAGUCGUCGUUUCCUGCAGCUGAAGAAUUCUGAGAAGAAGAAGAACGAGGACAACAUUCCUGAGACGUUUCCGGUCAUUCCUCCUCGGCCCAGUCCACAGCUGAUCCUGGAGCGCUGCACCGAUGACACGCGCCGGAGGCUCAGUGUCCACAGGUCAGAGUCCAGCAGCUAAUGUGAUCAGCUCUACAGCGCCACCCAGAGGACACUUUAAUAAAGUCACACUCAUGAAGUCAAUAUUAAAAGUUA